AUGACUGGUGUGUACUGGUGUGUACUGGUAGCCCUGGCGAGCCGCGAGGUGGCCGCGGGGGGGGGAGGGGCGCGGUACCGGCUGGGGGUGAGCACGGGCCCGCAGUGGGGGAUGGGCACCCUGGGGGGGGUGACCCUGACCCUGCUGGGGACACGGGGGGUGACACCGCCCUGUCACGUGACAUGGCCCCAGCACCACCUGCGGCCCGGCAGCACGCUCUGGCUGGAGGUGACAUGCCCGCAGCCCCUGGGGACGCUGCUGUCCCUGCGGCUGCACAAGGAGCCGCUGCUGUCCCUCGUCCCCGACCGCUGGUUCUGUGCCACCGUCACCGUCACCGGGCCGCACCUCGGGGACACCGCGGGGGACCCCGGGGACGUCCCCACGGCCACGUUCCCGUGUCACCGCUGGCUGGAGAGCGGGGACCUGGUGCUGCGAGAGGGGACAGCCCGCACCCCCCGUGACGCCGCUCGGGUCCCGCAGUUGCUGCAGCAGCGCCAGGAGGAGCGGAGGGAGCGCAAGGAGGCGUUCGAGUGGGCUCCCUACGCCCCGGGCUGGCCCUGGUGUCUGCGGGCGUUGCCCCCCGCCCUCUGCCCGUGGCCAGCCCCGCCCACCGCCAUGACGUCACCGCCGGGAUCCCCACCGAUGACGUCACCACUCGAGUCCCAGUCGAUGACAUCACGCGGAGAGACGACAUCACCGGGACCGACGACGUCACAGGACACGGUGACGUCGCAGGACGCAGUGACAUCACACGGGGAAAUGACAUCACAUGAAUCGGUGACGUCACGGGAGUCGGUGACGUCACAGGAGCCGCCCCCCAAGCUGUCGCCCACCCUGAGCUUCCCCCUCGCCCACCGUGCUGAGCUGGCCGCGCGUGCUGGGGCAGCGCAGAUCCGGAUCCGGCUCCGGGGUCUCCGUUCCGGGGGUCCCUGGCUCAGUUUUGGGGACAUCCGGGCGGCGCUCGAGGGUCCCGGGACCCCCAUCAGUGAGUACGUGCUGCAGCACUGGCAGGAGGACGCGUUUUUCGGGGAGCAGUUCCUGAGCGGGGUGAACCCCGUCCUGCUGCGCCGCUGCCCCCGCCUGCCCCCCAACUUCCCCGUCACCCCCCCGAUGGUGGCCCCCAGCCUGGGCCCCGGCACCUCCCUGCGCCGGGAGAUGGAGGCCGGCCGUCUCUUCCUGGCUGACUACGCUCUGCUCGAGGGGCUCCCCACGGGGACCAUCGGGGGACACCCCCAGUUCGUGGCCGCCCCCCUGUGCCUGCUCUGGCUCAGCCCCCGCGGGCGGCUCCUGCCCGUGGCCAUCCAGCUGUCCCAGCGCCCCGGGCCGGGGUCCCCGAUCUUCGUUCCGGGCUCUCGGGGCUGGGCCCUGGCCAAGCUCUGGGUUCGUGGCGCUCACUUCGUGCUGCACGAGAUGGUCACGCACCUCCUGCACGGCCACUUCCUGGCCGAGGCCUUCGCCGUGGCCACCCAGCACCUGCCCGCGGCGCACCCCGUGCACCAGCUCCUCCUCCCCCACCUGCGCUUCACCUUCCACAUCAACAUCCUGGCACGGGAGACGCUGCUCAACCCUGGCGGCAUCAUCGACCAGGCCACCUCGGUGGGCCGCGAGGGGACGCUGGCGCUGGUGGCCCGGGGGACAGCGGCGCUGACGUUCCGCGAGCUCUGUGUCCCCGAGGACGUGGAGGAGCGCGGGGUUGGGGACAUCCCCGGGUACCACUACAGGGACGACGCCCUGGACAUCUGGGGGGCCAUCGAGAGGUACGUGCAGGGGAUCGUGGAGCUCUUCUACCCCUCGGAGCGGGCGGUGUGCGAGGAUGAGGAGCUGCAGGAGUGGGUGGGAGAGAUCUUCACCUACGGAGUGCUGGGGAACCGGGCCAGCGGGUUCCCGUCCAAGCUCUGUUCCUGUUCUGAGCUGGUGAAGUUCCUGACCAUGAUCAUCUUCUGCUGCUCCGCCCGGCACGCGGCCGUCAACAGCGGCCAGUACGACUACGCGGCCUGGAUGCCCAACACGCCGGGCACGCUGCAGCGGCCGCCGCCGGCCAGCGAGGAGGAGGCCACCGAGGGGCUGCUGCUGGCCACCCUGCCGUCCCCUGAGGCCACCGGGGCCCUGCUGGCCCUGCUGAGCGUGGUCAGCUACGAGGGGGGGGAGCCGCGUCCCCUGGGCUCGCGCUCCCAGGACCUGCUGGCCGGGCCGGUCCCCCGGGCCCUGCUGGGCUCGUUCCGGGCUCGCCUGGCCGAGAUCUCGGAGCGGAUCCGGGCCCGGAACGCGGCGCUGGCCCUGCCCUACCCCUACCUGGACCCGGCGUGCGUGCAGGAGAGCAUCUCCAUCUGA